AGGGAAAUUGAAAUGGGAAUUCAAAGGUGGCAUCUAGUUUUAGUUUGGAUUUUGUUUGGCUGGGUUAGUGGUGUAUGUUCGCUUAGUCGUGCAAGUUUUCCCCUUGGUUUCAUCUUUGGAACAGCAUCAUCAUCUUACCAGUAUGAAGGUGCAGCUAAAGAAGGAGGUAGAGAUCCAAGCAUAUGGGAUACUUUCAGUCAUAAGUAUCCGGAUAAGAUAGCAGAUGGAAGCAAUGGAGAUGUGGCAAUUGAUUCCUACCAUCGCUAUAAGGAAGACAUUGGGAUUAUGAAAGAAAUGGGAUUAGAUGCUUACAGAUUCUCAAUCUCAUGGUCUAGAAUUUUGCCAAAUGGAAAAUUAAGUGGGGGUGUAAACGAUGAAGGAAUCAACUAUUAUAGCAAUCUCAUAAAUGAGCUCCUAGCUAAUGGUAUACAACCAUUUGUGACUCUCUUCCAUUGGGAUCUUCCUCAAGCCUUAGAAGAUGAAUAUGGUGGUUUCUUAAGCCCUCGUAUCGUGGAUGACUUUCGAGAUUAUGCUGAGGUUUGCUUCAAGGAAUUUGGCGAUAGAGUAAAUCAUUGGAUGACAUUGAAUGAGCCAUGGAGCUAUACUUACGGUGGAUACGUAGCUGGAUUUCUAGCACCAGGUCGUUGUUCGGAUUGGCAAAACCUGAACUGCACCGGUGGUGACUCCGCGGUUGAACCUUAUUUGGUGGCUCACCAUCUACUUCUUGCUCAUGCUGUUUCUGUAAAACUCUAUCGCCAAAAAUAUCAGGCAAGUCAGAAGGGUGUGAUUGGGAUGACAUUAGUUUCAUACUGGUUCGUUCCAGUUUCAAAUGCAAAGCACCAGCAAAAUGCUGCUUCAAGAGCCUUGGACUUUAUGUUUGGAUGGUUUAUGAAGCCGAUAACCAUUGGAAAUUAUCCACACACCAUGCGAUCUCUACUUGGAAAUCGUUUGCCUAAAUUCAACAAAAUGCAAUCUAAGAUUCUUAAAGGCUCAUUUGAUUUCCUGGGAUUAAACUACUAUACUGCAAUUUAUGCAGCUUAUGCUCCUAAACCUAAUGUUGGGAAGCCAAGCUACUUGACAGAUGCUCGUACUAGUCUUUCAUCUUACCACAAUGGUAUUCCAAUUGGUCCUAUGACAGGUACAAAAUGGAUCUAUAUGUACCCAAGAGGCAUUCGUGAUCUUCUACUUUACACAAAGGAAAAGUAUGGCAAUCCCUUAAUUUAUAUCACUGAGAACGGGGUUGGUGAUACUGAGAAUGCCUCAUUUCCAUCAAAGGAAGCCCUUAAUGACAAAGGAAGGAUCGAGUACCACCGUCGACAUCUUUCUUCUCUUCAAACUGCAAUCAAGGAUGGUGUGAAUGUGAAAGGGUACUUUGCAUGGUCACUAUUGGAUAACUUCGAAUGGGCAAGUGGUUAUACCGUAAGAUUCGGCUUCAACUUUGUAGACUACAAAAAUGGGUUGAAAAGAUACCCAAAACUCUCCGCCCAAUGGUUGAAAAAUUUUCUCAAGAAUCAAACAUGAUGGGAUUUCCCUUACUCUUUCAAUAAAUUCAACACUAUGUUUGAUGUAUACAAUUAUUGAAAAAUAUUGUAGUUUUAAAUUCAUCAUAAUUUUGAAAUAACAAAAUUUAAUGUUGAAAAA